CUUUGCCAGAAGCUUUAGUCUCACUGCACUGAGACUCACUCUUCAGGGAUUACAGAAGUUGGAUCUUUCUAACAAUGCCUGGAUACACAUUGACCUACUUCCCACUAAGAGGGAGGGCCGAGCCCACACGGUUGCUACUGGCAGAUCAAGGCGUCUCUUGGACAGAGGAAGAAGUGCAGCUUCAGGACUGGCAUGCAGGGAAAGUUGAACUAAAGAAGACUGCGGUCUUUGGACAGAUUCCCCGAUUGCAGGAUGGAGACUUUGUUCUGUAUCAAAGUAACAGCAUACUGAGAUAUCUGGGACAUAAAUAUGGACUGAGUGGCAGCAGUGAUCAGGAGCAUGCCCUAAUCGACAUGGUAAAUGAUGGAGUGGAGGAUCUGAGACAGAAAUUCUACAAAUUCAUCUUUCAGGAUAAAGGAGCAGAUAAGGAGAAGUUUCUGCAUGAUCUGACAAACCACCUGGCAGCUUUUGAAAGAAUUCUUUGCAAGAAUUCCAAUGGAACCAAAUUCCUGGUGGGAGAUAAAAUUUCCUUUGCUGACUACAACCUUUUGGAUGUCCUACAAUGUUAUCUUGACCUCUCUCCAGCAGUACUAACCUCAUUUCCAUUGCUUACCUCCUAUAUUGACCGCAUUCUCUCACGACCCAGUCUAAGUGAAUACUUAAAAUCCAAUGGACGCAAAAAACGUCCAAUAAUUCCCUAAUGAUUUUAACAUUUCAUCUCCAUCAUCUCAUUUCAAACCUAUCAGUAACUACCUUGAAUUCAAGCAAGCCACAAAUAAACUGUCAAAUGUU